AUGUUGGCUUUGAUUUCUAUCUUCCUUCUCCUGCAGCUUCCUUCCUUAGUGUGUACUUUUGAUAAUGAAGCCUGCCUUCGCCAAAGGAGCACCGGUGUGCACAAGGACGGAGACGUGGUGAUUGGGUGUUUCUUGUCUCUUUAUUACUACAUUUACUAUACUGGGAAGUAUUAUUUCCUUAACCUUUACAUUGCACACAACUACCUGAACUACCUGGCCUUCACUUUUGCCAUAGAAGAGAUCAACAGGACUCCUCAUCUCUUACCUAACAUUUCUCUGGGCUAUGAGUUCCAUAAUUUCAUUUGCAGUCAUUGGAGGAUACUAGAGAAUUCCUUCAUUUUGCUCUCAGGACAACACGAGAUUCCUAAUUACAUCUGCAAGAAAGAAGGCAAGUGUGCAGCAGUACUGACAGAAACGCCAUGGGGAGCCUCAUCUCAGAUCGGACCACUGCUGGAGCUCUACAGAUUUCCACAGGUUACCUUUGGCUCAUUUCCUUCCACCCUCAUGGACAGUAGUCAUUAUCCUUCGCUCCACCAGGUGGCCCCAGAGGACACAUAUCUGGCCCUUGCCAUGGUAUCCUUAAUGCGUCAUUUCCACUGGACAUGGGUGGGCCUGCUCAUCACAGAAGGUCAUAAUGGUCUUCAGUUUCUCUCAGACAUAAGAACUGAGAUGUACAGAAACAGAGUCUGUGUAGCCUUUGUGAAAAUGAUGUCCAGUGCGGCUGUGUCUCAUAUUUCAAUCAUAAAGCAACAUGACAUCCUGAGUGCAGAUACGUUAUCUGCCAAUGUGGUGGUCAUUUACUAUGACCCUGAUAGUCCAAAUGAUGUAAACUACAACAUAGCACAAAACUUUGUGACAUGGAAAGUCUGGGUGACAAACUCACAAUGGCAUGCUGAUCUGACUGGGAGAGAUUUCCUACUUGAUCCAUUCCAUGGGAUUCUUGUUUUUUCACACCACCAUGAAGAAAUUUCAGGUUUCAGAAAUUUUGUCCAGGAAGCUACCCCUUUCAAAUACCCAGAGGACACUUACCUCACUAUGUAUUGGUCCAAGAAUUUUGAUUGCUCAUUCUCUGAGUCUGACUGUGCCUUGGAGAACUGUACACCUAAUGCCUCUGUGGCUUGGUUACCACCAAAUCGUUUUGACACAGCCAUGAGUGAUAGAAGCUACAAUGUUUACAAUGCUGUGUAUGCUGUGGCUCUUGCCCUCCAUGUGAUGCUUUUUGAAGAGGUGCAAAUGACACCACUUAAUAACAGAGAAGUGAUGAUAUUUUCUCCCUGGCAGCUAAAUCCUUUUCUGAAGAGCAUCCAAUUUACCAAUCCUGAUGGGGAUUACAUGAAUUUAGAUGACAGAUGGAAAAUGGAUUCAGAGUAUGACAUCCUCAAUUUUUGGAAUUUCCCAGAAGGCCUUAGACUUAAGGUUAAAGUCGGCACAUUUUCUUCUCAUGCUCCACAUGGCCAUAAAAUGACUUUAUCUGAGGAUAUGAUAGAGUGGGCCACAGGAGUGACAGAGACUCCCCGCUCAGUCUGCAGUGAGAGCUGCAGCCCUGGAUUUAGAAAAAGCCCUCAGGAGGGAAAGGCUGCCUGCUGUUUCGAUUGCAUCCCUUGUUCCGAAAAUGAAGUCACCAAUGACACAGAUAUGGAGCAGUGUGGGAAGUGUCCAGAUCAUCAUUAUGCAAACGCUCGGCAAAACCACUGCCUAAAAAAAGCUGUGAAUUUUCUGGCUUAUGAGGAUCCUCUAGGGAAGGCUCUGGCUGGCACUGCCCUGAGUCUCACUAUUCUCACAGUUGCUGUUCUUGGGCUGUUUGUGAAGCACAGAGACACUCCCAUCGUGAAGGCCAACAACAGGACUCUCAGCUACACCCUGCUCAUCUCCCUCACCUGCUGUUUCCUCUGCUCCUUGCUCUUCAUUGGCCGUCCCAACACAGCCACCUGCAUCCUGCAGCAGACCACGUUUGGAGUUGUGUUCACUGUGGCUGUUUCCACUGUCUUGGCCAAAACUAUUACUGUGGUGCUGGCCUUUAAGGUCACUGCUCCAGGCAGGAGGAUGAGGCAGUUGCUGGUGUCAGGGGCUCCAAACUUCAUCAUCCCCAUUUGCUCCCUGAUCCAACUCACUCUCUGUGGAGCCUGGAUGGUGACAGAUCCACCCUACAUUGACACAGAUGCUCACUCUGAGCAUGGUCACAUCAUCAUCGUGUGCAACAAGGGCUCCCUCACUGCCUUCUACUGUGUCCUGGGAUACUUGGGCUCCCUGGCCCUGGUGAGCUUCACUGUGGCUUUCCUGGCCAGGAACCUGCCUGACACAUUCAAUGAAGCCAAGUUCCUGACAUUCAGCAUGCUGGUGUUCUGCAGCGUGUGGGUCACCUUCCUGCCCGUGUACCACAGCAGCAAGGGGAAGGUAAUGGUGACCAUAGAGAUCUUCUCCAUCUUGGCUUCCAGUGCAGGGCUGCUGGGCUGCAUCUUUGUCCCCAAGUGCUAUGUUAUUUUGUUAAGACCAGAGAGAAAUUCUCUAACUGGAAUUAGGGACAAAACACAUUCUGAGAGAAAGAAUUCUUCUUAUCAUUAG